AUGGGUACAUCGACGAAUUUGUACGAUGCAGUUUUCAGACGAAAUGAUGGACAAUCGCCCGAAAACGAGGCCAUUCGGACUCUUAGAGGAAGCGCUGCAAAGACGACUUAUAACAGUCUCAAGGGAAACGUUGAUUUUCUCAGAUCUGUGGCAAACUUCCAGUCCAAAGAGAAUGUGGCUCUUGUGAUGCCAAACAGUCCUGAGUUGAUUGUCGGACUACUGGCUCUCUGGGCAGAUGGAGCCGCCGCUGUACCGCUCAAUCCAGCAUAUACAGCAGCUGAGUUCGAGCCUCUAUUCAAAGACCUGAGCAUAAAAAAAGUCGUAGUGCUAGGAGGUGAUGACAAGACCAAAGCCACCUUGCAAGAAACCUCUGCCAACCAGAAGAUCAUCGAAAUCAGUCUCGACGGGCUUAGAGAAGGCGACACCCGAGGAAAAUCAUCGCCUCCUAAUCUAGACGACAACACAGCACUAUACCUGCACACAUCAGGCACAACCGGCAAGCCCAAGGCCGUUCCCCUCAAGCACUCUAAUCUCCUUCGUGGGGCACGCAACGUAGCCGAAACCUACCAGCUCGACUCAACUCAUCGAACAUACCUCCUACAAGUGCUCUUUCACAUUCAUGGCAUCGUAGCCGCACUUCUCGCGCCGCUCGUAACAGGCGGCAGCAUCGUCAUACCUCCCGGUGGAGCCAUCGAUGCUUCUCGAGCAUGGUCCGACUUCCAAGAGAAUGACUGCAACUGGGUGACGGGAACACCCUCAAUCUUGCAAACACUUCUGGCCGCACCUGACCCGAAAAGCGGUACUCUGGAUAUUCAGUUCAUUCGAUCGUGCUCCAGUCCUCUGCUUCCAACCGUAUUUGAGGCCCUCCGAAAACGAUUCGAUUGCCCUGUUAUCGAAGCAUAUGCGAUGACUGAAGCGAGUCAUCAGAUGUGCAGUAACCGACUGGACGACUUUGGCUCGGGAAGUGUAGGGCCAGAAUCUGGUGCAACGAAGAUCUGCAUAUGGAGCGAAGGCAAUACGGCGGUUGCACUUGGAGAGGAAGGCGAAGUCUGUGUGAGUGGAGACAAUGUAAUGGGUGGGUACGAUGGUGUUAGCGACGAGGUCAAUCAAAAGGCGUUUUGGCAGGGCACAGAUGAGCGAGGCAACGAGGCGAGAUGGUUUCGUACAGGUGAUCGUGGUGUAUUGUCUACCGAUGAUAGAAGAAGGUUGACACUCAUCGGGCGGCUGUCUGAGAUGAUCAAUCGGGGUGGAGAGAAGAUCUCGCCUGUAGAGGUCGAUGAGGCUAUCAUGCUGGCCAGUGAUGAGGUGAAGGAAGCGGCGAGCUUCUCUGUAUCUGAUGACUUUUACGGGCAGGAGGUGGAGGCCGCAGUGGUUCUUAAGCCGAAUACCAGUUUGGACGAGGCGAAACUGCAACAAUUGCUGGAAAAAAGGCUUGCGGCGUUCAAAAUUCCCAAAAAGAUACACUUUUGCGAGGACAAGAUACCCAAGGGUCCAACGGGCAAGAUCCAGAGAAAGGUCCUUUCUCAGCUAUUUGGACAGGAUAAUUCAGCUGAAGCAGGCGAUGGAAAGCAAAAGUCAAGUGAAGAUGAUGUCUAUGCUAUUAUCGACAGGGCCCUAGGCAUCAAGUCGGGUCAAGCAAAAGAAUCACAGAGCACUACCUUGCUUGCAUUGGGAGCCGACUCCAUGGGCCUGUCCAAAAUCUCCUCUGCAGUCGAAAGGCAGACUGGCGUACGACUUGGCGUAGCAGCGCUCUUCGCUUACCCGACAGUCGAGGAGGUUGUCGAUCUGGUUCAGCAAGGCACAACCAAAUCUCAAGGUGGCUUUGACGCUCCGACAAAAGUGGCACCUUUCUCGUUGCUAGGAUCGUCCAAGGAUCAGCUCGAGCAGAUUUGCAACUCAGCGGGCAUCAAGAUCGAUGAUCUCGAAGACGCCAUCCCUCUCUCUGCGAAUCAGAACAUGUAUCUCAAAGUUUUACGAGGCUCUACCAAGAAGGAACAUCUCGACAAUAACGACGUGUGGCAAAUGAACCGCUAUCGUCUAGCAAACGGCACUGACAAAGCUCGCUUGCUGCAGACUUUAGGUAAAGUCCGGCAGCACGAGGAGUCCUUUCGUUGGAAGCUGGGCUACGAUGACUCUGCUUCCAGCUGGAUCAUCCUACAGGAGAAGCCGGAAUACUCGAACCCAGAUUCCCCGCGGAUCCGGGAGUUCUCCUGUGCAGCGGAAGAGGAAGCUACAAAGCUCAUGGAUGAAGAACUUUCCACGUAUCGCCAUCGGGUCGGAACUCGAACGCUUGUCUUGUACAUUGUUUCGAUCGGCGAAGGAGAUAGUCUGGAGCUGGAACUUGCUUUCAUCGAAUCGCAUCUGUUCACAGAAGGGCAGGGACGGCGGUUGAUACUCGACACGAUUUCCAAAGCUUAUCAGAACGAAGAGCUGGACCACUAUACUCCUUAUUCUGCUUACGUGUCUCGCUUCCCAAUCGGACACGAUCCGGCAUCGGCGUUGGAGUUUUGGGAAAAGGAAGUUGCUUCGAUGAAAAGGGAAGAGAAGUGGAGUGAAAUCAAAGCUCCUGCGUACGUCAAUCCGGAAGCCUGGACGAAGGACCAAUUGGUGCCUCUUGGUGACAUGCAGUCGGUCAAUGCGCCAUUCCGUGACCUGACUGUUGUGCUAGAUAUGACUCUUCCGCUUGUCGUGGAGGCGGUAUUUUCGUUGAGUCUGGCCUUGUGGCUAUCUCAGAGGGAUUCUGUAUUCACGAGCGGCAGUGUGGUGUACGACCGCGCAGUGUCAUUGAGGACGAUAGGAGACGGAGAGCGGCUGGAUAGCGUGAGAGCGGUGACUGGGAGUUAUCAGCCCCAGCCGUUGGUUUUGGAUUUGGCAGCGAGAGAUUUAUGGACAUAUUUGCUUCACUUCAAGGCUAUGACACAGAUCCGCGAGCGCAAGAUUUGCCUCAACGAGAUGGAUCGACUCGCUUGCCAUACUGCUGCGUUCACCUGGAGGUUUCACAACGACGUGGAAGAUGAAUCGUCUUCCGCGGACAACGACGGCCCCCUCAUCGCCGGUGUCAAGGCAGAAGCAAUGUCCAUGCGCGCCUUCCACAUGUGUUUCGUAAAUGCCAAUCGCCAUGGAGAAGAUGGAGCCACUGUGGCAAUCGGCUUUCAUGAGAAGUGGCUAGAUGAACAGAGGAGCAAUGGAUGCAAGGUCGAAUUGGUUGAAAUCUGUAUCAAGGCACUUCGAUUCGUGGCGGAGAAUAAUUCCAAACUGCAAGAGCUCUCCUUGGAGGAUUUGAGAGCAGCAGUGUUCGGAUAG